GAGAAACUUGCGUUGCAUAAUGAAAUGACACGUCGGAUAAUGAGUAAAAGGUGGCGGCAUUGAGCCUUGAGGCCCAACGAGGAAGGUUGGCAUUGGCAACGUGGUUGGACGUGGUCGGGCGGCGCUCUUGGGAGCUCUCCUCCUGUUUCGUGUAUGGCUGCCUUGAUCGCUUGCCAAAGUACAUGCGUGUUUAAAAAUGUUUCUCUGUUGAAGACACACAGGCUUUUGCGGCACGUAAGCGCAGCGGCGCUCCAAAGGUCCCAUCAGUCACGUCCAGCUUAUCGCUGCACAUUGCGCCUGGCAUCUAAUGCUGCUUCAAUUGUAGGAAACCUAGCCCAGCUUUCAGAGGCUUGUAACGCAUCCAGCUUCAUUCCUGAGAAAAACAGCGUUCAUGCCUCCAGCUCACUUGUGCUUUCAGAUUCUGCGAAAGUUAGCCCCAGCAAGAGCUUUCGAGGUGUCAUUUGUUGUUUGAGAAGUGAACCUGGAAGCACAACCAGGAGCGUUAGAAGACAGGGGCGCCGCAUGGUGGGCCAACUAGCGAAUCCAGAGAAGCCAAAGAAAUACACAAAGUCGAACCUUCCAGAGAAAAUAUGCAUUGUGUGCAAUCGGCCAUUCAACUGGAGGAAGAAGUGGGAAAAGUGCUGGGAUGAAGUCAAGUACUGUAGCGAACGUUGUCGAAGGGCCAGUAAGAUGGGCGGCCCUGCUUCAAAUGAGGAGCAGUAA